GCACUGCAUAUCAUCUUGCAAUGUCCCUGGAGACAUCGACCCACGCGGGGACGUCAAGCUUUGUGUUGGAGAAACGGACCCUGCCACCUUUACAGCCUGUUCAGGGGCUCUAGCUAGGGCAUCGCCAGUCUUUGAGCGCAUGCUCUUCAGGCAAUUCAUGGAGUCGAUACCAAAAAACAGCGGAGAUUAGCUUGUUGAGCUGCCCGAGGACGAGCCAGAAGCAUUAUCCAUCUUUCUACACAUAUCACAUGGCCAAUUCGAUCAGGUACCCCGAAUUCCAUUAAUAGAUGACCUGUACGAUCUCACACAAAACCAUCAAAGGAGUCCAUGGCCAAGAGCCUAUGGAUAGCAUGGGAGUUUGGACUGAAAGACCCUUUUUGCCGAUUGGCAAGAAGAAUGCUCAUGGAAUCCGAUGGCUCCGAAGAUCGCCAUCUCAAAAUGCAACCAGACAUUAUAGGAAAGUUUCCAACCAACAUCACCUCGACAAUUACUAAUUCAGUCUUGGAGAGAAUAUCCCCAAAUCGUUUCACGACCAUCCAAGCACUUCUAGAUAUCAUCAGAAAGCUCAUCAAUGAUCUACUAGUCGUCGAUGAGAAGCCCCGCUGGUGUCGGCAUGCAGAGUGGAUGGGGCCGCAUCGCUGCGAAUCCAUGAUCUUUAACGUUUUGUCUCGCGCGAGGGGGCUUAUGGCCUUUACCACGGGCAGAAGAUGUCAUGGACAGCAUCGUUGGACUGCGUCGCAAGAUGACACAGCUGGGGAUCCAUGACAUUGGAAAGGUCGAUGACCUUGAUCAUUCACAUUACAAUCCAAUGCAGUUCUUGUUGAGCGAAGUGGAAAGGGUAUUAAUUGACACUCGGAAUCCUGUUACUAAGGAUGACUUGGAAGCGAUGGACAAACAGUGGAAGA